AUGUCUUCAAUCACACCGACCUAUAUUCCGUCGCCGAACUGGGACAUUCCCGCAGAUAGCGACAUCGUCGUUCUCGGGCGUCUGAUUAAAGACGCCAAAAACCCCGAGAGCAAGAUCCCCAAGAGCAGCAGCAGUCCCAUCCCCCCACCCAAGAUACAUGAAGGAGAGAAGACCGACUGGCGGACCAAUCUCGAGCGGGUUCACUCGGGCAAGAUUGGGAUCUGGGCCAAGUGCUUGCAGGCGAUUGGGGGCCAGCUCAGUUUCACCCAGCUGCAGUCAGCGGCGGAGGAUCAUGAAUUCGACGUUUUGGAGACUAGAUAUUUCCUGCCGGAGGAUGAGUAUCUCGCGCAGGCCAUCAAUGAUCCGGGCGUGCAGGCGUAUUUCCAAGUGUGCAACUGGAGAAAGCCCGUGUAUCUGAUUACUGGCAUCAAGAUUGCAAGGGGCUCCAAGGUUACCAGCGAGAGGAACACUGAGAGGUCGGCCCAGGCUGAGAUCAAGGUCGAUGCAACGGGCCUGGGCGUGCCUGUGGAGGUGGGACCAGAAGCAGCGUGGGAAUCGAAAAAGAAGAGUGGCAUAUCGUUUGCUGGAUCGACGGAUUAUAUCUUUGCCUACCAGCUUAUGAGGAUGAAGCCGAAGAGGAAAGGUGCCGGAUCGACAAAUGAGAGUUAUGUGAGGGGAGCUGUGUUUGACAAGGAAGAGAGCGGCGAUGCUGCAGAAGUAGCCUUGCGGGACGUCUAUGAUGUCGAAGAGGAGACGGAUGUCGGUUUCUCCGACACUUGGGAAAGCAUUGAGACUGAGCAAUAG